AUGGAAGCAGCUCACAAACCUAGACUGCCGGUUCCGGCUGUCCUUCUCCAGCCGUCCAAGUGGCUACCACUGUACGAGGACUUUGUGACAAAAAAUGCAAGCUCAAUAGGGCAGGUCGAAUCUGCGCUGAGAUCGCUCACGUAUAUAAUUCCAGGACGGUACCGCGACUCCGAGAUACCUUCAGAAUGUGUUCAUUCGGGAGUACAGUUGCUAUCGUUAUAUCAUGAUUCGCUCAUUUCCAAGGUCAUCUCCAAUCUACCGCCAACCAUCUGUCGACCAACGCCCAGCCCCCACACCCGGUACACCAAAUAUUGGACCUCACAAUCUCCGCUGUAUCAAAAAGUCGCCCUCACUCUGCAAACCGUCCGAUACACCGAGCUGUUGUGGGAGAUGAUUGCGCGGCGCCGUGGCGAAAAAGUCCGCUGGCGCGUCGUCGUCUUUAUUGAAGUCGUUAAGGCGAUAUGCCGCCUAUUCCUCCUACGACUCACAAACUCGCGGCCGCUCGUCAGCCCUCCACUACCCGAGCGUGAAGUAGACCCUAGAUCGCUAGAAGAAGAUGAUGGCAGUGAUUGGAACGGGAUGCAGACUCCUGUCAGCGAACGGUCAUCGACCGAUCUCAGCUGGACAAUGCCUCGCACGGGGCUGUCGCUCCCGUCCCUGCCAGAUGCGAACGAUGUUUCAAAUUAUCUUAUAUCCAAGGUCCUCACAGCCGAUGACAUCAAACCGCCCAAGGCGCUUCUACACCGGGUGACCGGUCAGGGUCAGUUGGCGGAGGUACUCCAUAUCCUACGACCGGUUGUCUAUGCGCUUGCUCUACAGAGGUGGAGUGGCGACAAGCGAAGCUGGAGGCCUUGGUUAAUCGGUUUCGGCAUGGAGUACGGUUGCCGGCAGCUGUCCAAGGCUGACUUUCGCGAAAGGGUCGCUGGCGGCCUCCGCGGACUGACCGGCCUUGAACGGGAAGAGCUGAAGAAACGGGGUUGGUCGAUGGGGUGGUGGCUGAUGCGAUCAGCUUUUUAUGAGAACAUUACCAAGUCCACGCUUAAGGGACUGACAGGAAAGAUGAAGGGCAAGCCACUUCUUGACCUCGUCGGUAGCAUCAUCGAAGACUACGAAUAUCUUUGGGACAACUACUACUUCCCCACAGCAACACUCUAA